GGCUAUUCUUCGUAUGAUAGCAUCAAAGGAUUCUGGUGUUUCCCCGGUCAUGUACUAAAAAACGCGUGGGUAGCUCCGUACUAAACGAUAAAUAUCGAUGCCAUUGUUUUCGCGGUGAAGAAGCUGGUUGCCAAGAAGUCGGGCUAAGAGGUUAAAUCUCCCUGUUGGUACUAUAGAGACCAGCAUAAGAAGUGCUAUGAGCAGAUUCCCUAUAACAUGGGUAGGAAAUAGAGGAACUAGGCGUGGUGAUCUUUGGAGUACAAGUUUUACAACUGUAACCACAGACCACAGCGUCAUCACAACAAAGGUUGGGAAAGGAGGAACAUCCAUUACUUGUUUUGAACUUAAUAAAUACCUAUAAACUUUUACAAAGGCGAAGAUAUGCAAAUAAUUUGCUACAACUUGUCAAAGCGUGCGUGCACUUAGAAUGUAUGCAUUAUUAUUAACAUAAUUAGGCAACAAAACACAAACACAAUUAGGAAACACAAGAAGGUUGAUAACAUUCACACUUAGCGCACGUGGGCACGUUUGCUAGCAAGGCACUCUUUUCAUCAUUCGUACAAGAACAUUGAACACGAUGGAAAACGUGAAAAAACAAAGAAAAGCAAGAAGAAAUUAUACAGAACUGGAGGAUAUUCUCAUUCUUCAGGCUGUAAAUACAUGGGGAGAGAGUGGAAAAGCGUGUUGAGCUACAUGAGACGACACGCAGAAGUGAUGGGAGAAGCAGGAGACCAGUAUUUGGUCGAGGAUAAGUCCCCUUGCAAGGCUUUACAAGAGCGCAUAAGAAAACGAGCUUCUAAACUGCUCAACAACGCUCUACUUACAAGGAAUGACGAUACCACGUCAACAGACAAAACGCAGCGGGAAACACCAUCAACAUCAAAAAUAAUUGAUGAUGAAUACGAGUCUUCUCAAUCUAGCAGCGAGGAAAGUGCUAAACAAGAAAUUGCAGAAAUUUGUAAGGCUAUUAAUACUAGGGAAAUGAAGUAUGUGGUUGACGUGGAUGACAAAAACCUACAGCAUGACGACUCGACAGAAAUUCUCAAGAAGAUCAACAAUAGAAGGGAACUUGAGAAAGA